CUUUAUCAGUCCAAGGACAUCAUUCGCUUGGAGAGGGGGGGAAGUUUGAUCCUCUUUCUCAAGGAUCUCAGUUACUGGAGUUUUUCUCCCCCGAUCAUUGUAAGAGGGAUUGCCAUUUUAGUUCUUUUCGUUCUUUUUUAAAUUCUGCAUUUAAGUUCUGACCAAACCCGAACAAAGUGAGUUACAGUUGUUCGCUGUUUAACAGAACGCCGCUUUCUGUUUUUUUUAUUUAUUUAAUUUGGGUUUUUUUGUCCCCCCCGAGUUACUUCGUCAGUUGAUCCCAAUGACUAUGCUCCUUGACAGCGGUCCUCAGUUCUCAGCACUAGGAGUUGGGGGCUUCGGAACGCCAAGACACCAUGAGAUAGCGAACAGAGACCCGGGACUGGGACUCAAUCCCUUCGGAGAUUCCUCCCAUUCUGCAGCUUUCAAACUUAGCCCGGUAACUCACGAUCUCACCUCCGGCCAGACCUCCGCGUUCACGCCGCAAGCCUCUGGAUACGCUGCUGCCCUCGGACACCACCACGGCGGGCAGGUUGGCUCGUACGGCAGCGGGGCGUUCAAUUCCACCCGGGACUUUCUAUUCAGAAACCGAGGCGCUGGUAUCGGAGAGUCCGCAGCUGCGAGUGCUCAGCAUGGGAUCUUUGGUGCUUCGGCGGGGAGUCUGCAUGGACCCCCUGGAAUCUCUGACAAUCCGGGACAUCUCCUGUUUCCAGGGCUACACGAGCAGACCGUGAGCCACACUUCUCCAAGCGGACAUGUAGUUAACAGUCAAAUGCAUCUGGGUUUACGCGGGGACAUUUUUGGAAGACCCGAUCCUUACCGUCCGGUUGCAAGCCCCCGGACGGACCCAUACGGCACUGCCCAGCUACACAACUACAACCAUCCGAUCAAUAUGAACAUGGGGAUGAACGUACCAACACACCAUGGUCCCGGGGCUUUCUUUAGAUACAUGCGGCAGCCCAUUAAACAAGAACUGUCAUGUAAGUGGAUAGAUGAGAACCAGAUGAACCGACCCAAAAAGACCUGCGACAGGACUUUCAGUACAAUGCACGAAAUGGUAACACACGUCUCCAUGGAACACGUUGGCGGUCCCGAACAAAGUAACCACAUUUGCUUCUGGGAGGAUUGUCCUCGGGAAGGAAAAUCGUUUAAGGCCAAAUACAAACUCGUGAAUCACAUCAGAGUACACACUGGAGAAAAACCGUUCCCUUGCCCGUUCCCUGGAUGUGGAAAAAUAUUUGCCAGAUCGGAAAAUUUGAAAAUUCAUAAAAGAACCCAUACAGGUGAAAAGCCGUUUAAGUGCGAGUUCGAUGGCUGCGACAGGCGCUUCGCGAACAGCAGCGACAGAAAAAAGCACAUGCACGUGCACACUUCGGACAAGCCGUACAUCUGCAAAGUGUGCGACAAGUCCUACACACAUCCCAGCUCUCUCAGGAAACACAUGAAGGUGCAUGAGUCUCAAGGUUCAGAAUCUUCUCCAGCAGCAAGUUCUGGAUAUGAGUCCUCGACACCGCCAGCUCUCGUGUCAACGAACACUGAAGACCCGACAAAAACACCCCCAUCAACCGUGCAAAACACUUCAGCACACAGCGACGGACUUCCGCCCAACUUUAAUGAAUGGUACGUUUGAAACUGAGAAAAGCAGGUUCUCAAUGUGGACCAAAAGGUUAAGGAACCUUAAAAACCACUCACACCAAGGUGUACAUAAUGGGAUUGGAUCAACAUUGGGAGGAGAUGAGAUAGCAUGUCCGCGCGCCAGCAG